AUGGUCAAAAAGGACACCGGUGGAUGGAGAAUGUGUGUAGACUUCACCGACCUCAACAAGGCCUGCCCCAAAGAUUGUUAUCCUCUGCCGAGGAUAGACGCCCUCGUCGACUCGGCGAUGGGGUAUGUAGUCCUCUGCUUCCUAGAUGCCUUCAAAGGCUACCACCAGAUAGGAAUGAGUGAGGAGGACCAAGAGAAGACAGCAUUCUACACCGACCACGGUGUCUACUGCUAUUCUACCAUGCCCUUCGGCUUAAAAAACGCUGGGGCAACCUAUCAAAGGUUGAUCAACCGCCUCUUCAAAAAUCAAAUCGGCCGAAAUGUGGAAGCCUAUGUGGAUGACAUCCUCGUCAAAAGUCUCGCCACUUCAUCCUUCCUGUCAGAUGUGAGGGAAGUCUUUGGUGUCCUGCGAGACUCGAGGAUGAAGCUGAAUCCCAAGAAGUGCGUCUUCGACGUCACCUCAGGAAAGUUCUUGGGGUAUCUGGUUUCCCACCGGGGAAUCGAGGCCAACCCCGACAAGGUCACGGCCAUUCAGGACAUGUCCCCACCUCGGAACCUCUGGGAAGUCCAACGGCUGAAUGGACGCCUGGCCGCGCUGAAUCGCUUCCUGUCCCAAUCAGCUGAGAAAGCUCUGCCCUUCUUCAAGGUGCUCAAGAAGGCCGAUCAGUUCGCCUGGACUGAGGAGUGCCAGGCUGCCUUCGACAAACUGAAGCACGCCGUGCUCAUCCGGGAUGAGGGCACUCAAGUGCCAGUCUACUAUGUUAGCCGAGCUCUCCGUGGGCCGGAGACUCGAUACACUCAAGUGGAGAAACUUGUGCUAGGACUAGUCCACGCCGCCCGGCGACUAAAACCCUACUUCCUAGCUCAUCCCAUCUCCGUCAGGACCGACCAGCCUCUACGACAGAUAUUGGUGCGGCCCGAGGCCUCCGGACGCCUCACUAAGUGGGCCGUUGAGUUGGGGGAGUACGACUUGUCAUAUGAGCCGCGCACCGCCAUAAAAGCUCAAGCCUUAGCCGACUUCUUGGCCGAGCUCACCUUCACGGAAGGUCGAGAGUCCACCUCCGCCAUUGCCGAAGUGUCCUCCUCACACUUAUGGACGUUGUAUGUGGACGGAUCCUCUAAUGGAGAUGGCAGCGGAGCAGGACUGCUCCUGGAGGGCCCCCAAGGAGAAGUGUGCUCGUACGCCCUACGCUUUGGCUUCUCGGCCACCAACAAUGAGGCCGAGUAUGAGGCCUUGAUCGCGGGGCUCCAACUAGCCCGCAGGCUCGGUGCGCAGCGGAUCCACGUCCGCAGCGACUCCCAACUCGUAGUCUGCCAAGUCCUUGGUGAGUAUGAGGCCAAGGACGAAACCAUGCAACGAUAUCUAUCCAAAGUCCACCAACUCAUCGCAUACUUCGAAUCUUUCGAAGUCCAAAGAAUCCCCCGCUCCCAGAAUAGGCGGGCCGACGCCCUAUCCCGGUUGGCAUCCACCUCAUUCUCUGACCUCAACAAGACCGUUUUGGUAGAAGUGUUGAGCGAGCCGGCGUACCUGGAAGAGGUGGCCUGCCCCGUGAACACGGGAGAAACAUGGAUGAGCCCGUUCAUCCUUUUCUUAGGGCAGGGAGUCCUCCCUGAGGACCGAGCCGAGGCGAGAAAGAUACAGCGCAAAGUAGCCCGGUACGCCCUCCGCGAUGGAGAACUGUAUAAACGAUCAUACCUUGGCCCAUGGCUGAAGUGCGUUACACCCGAGGCAGGACGCCAGAUCCUUCAUGAAAUACACGAAGGCCUAUGCGGGGCUCACGUCGGCCAUAGGGUGUUAGCCAGGAAAACCUUACUUCUAGGGUAUUUCUGGCCCUCGGUUCGACAAGAUGCCCAAAAUCUCGUUCUCAGCUGCCCAUCCUGCCAAGUCCACGCACCCGAACUUCACCAACCUUCGAACCUCAUGGUUCCAAUCACCUCACCCUGGCCGUUUGAACAAUGGGGGACAGACAUCAUAGGUCCUUUCCCCAAAGCAGUCGGGGGUUAUACCUUCCUGGUAACCGCGGUGGAUUAUUUCACCAAGUGGGUUGAGGCCGAACCGCUAAGAAACAUCACAGGACUAGCAGUCCAAAGAUUCUUCUGGAAAUGCAUCAUUUGCCGCUUCGGCAUACCUCAGAUCAUCAUCUCGGACAAUGGGAGACAGUUUGCUGAGAACCCCUUCAAGACAUGGUGCGAGAACCUCGGCAUCAAACAACACUUCACUUGGGUCGGCCACCCCCAGGCCAAUGGUCAGGCAGAAAAUUUUAACCGAACUCUCUUGCAUGGCCUCAAGACCCGACUACACCGAGCCGGAUCAUCUUGGGUAGAAGAACUCCCCAGUGUCCUGUGGUCAUAUCGGACCACGCCGAGGUCGUCCACGCAAGAGACCCCCUUCUCUUUGACCUAUGGGGCCGAGGCUGUCAUCCCUACUGAGAUCCUUACACCCAGUCCUCGGCUAACAGCCUAUGUAACCGAGGUGAAUGGAGAAGAGAGGCAGUUAGAUCUCGACCUCAUCGACGAGAGAAGGGACACUGCCUCAGCUCGGGUGGCAACCUACAAGAACACCCUGGCCCACUACUACAAUGCCCGCGUCAAGCAUCGGCGAUUCCGGCCAGGAGACUUGGUGCUUAGAAAAAAAUCGGUUAGCCGAGCUGAGCCGCAAGGCAAAUUGGGCCCGAAAUGGGAAGGCCCUUACCGAGUUGUGAAUUAA